AUGGCUCCUCCAGUCUGGACUCUGGUGCUGCUGGCGGGGGCCGCCUGGGGCCAGGGCCACCUGCCUGCCCCUGUCCGGAAAGAGAAGCCUCCGGACUGGAAGGCAGUUGCUCGCAACUCGAGGGAUAACUCUGUUCUCACCCAGUGUGACUUUGAGGAUAACUCCAAACCCCUCUGUGACUGGACCCAAGCGUCCACGGAUGACGGGGACUGGAUUCGAGCCAGUGGGCCCUCCCCCACCGGCACCACUGGUCCCCCCGGGGGGUACCCCAAUGGAGAGGGCCACUACCUGCACAUGGAAUCAAGCACCUUCCACCGGGGCGGGGUGGCCCGUCUACGCAGCCCCCCCAUAUGGGAGCAAGGCCCCCUCUGCGUGCACUUCGCCUACCACAUGUUUGGGCUGUCGUGGGGCGCCCAGCUCAGACUGCUACUGCUCAGGGACAGCAAGGAAAAGCACCCCAGCGUGCUCUGGAAGCACAUUAACACCCAGAGCCCCUCCUGGAUGCCCACUGCUGUCACCGUGCCUAUGGGGCUUGUCCUCCCCAGCCAGGUGAUGUUUGAAGGAGUGAGGGGCAGCACGGCUUACCUGGACAUCUCUCUGGAUGCCAUCUCCAUCCAUCGGGGCUCCUGUAAUCGCGUCUGCAUGAUGCAGACGUGCAGUUUCGACAUUCCAAACGAUCUCUGUGGCUGGAGCUGGAUCCCAACAGCCUCUGGGGCCAAGUGGGUCCAGAAGAAGGGGCCUUCUGGGGUGCCGAACGUGGGGCCCGACGAUGAUUUCUCUAGCCCUGGUAGUGGCUUCUACAUGCUCCUGGACCCCAAGAAUGCAAAACCGAGGCAGAAAUCUGUCCUCCUGAGCCCGCGGAGCCAUUCCUCUGGCUGUCUAAGCCUGUCCUUCCACUAUAUCCUCCGUGGACAGUCACCUGGUGCAGCCCUCACUGUCUCUGCUUCCGUCUUGGGCAGCAUCCGGAAACACACUCUCUUCUCAGGACAACCUGGACCCAACUGGCAGCCUGUUUCUGUCAAUUACACAGCCCAGGGACAAAUUCAGUUUACCGUGGUGGGUGUGUUUGGAGAGACCCCAGAGCCAGCUGUGGCAGUGGAUGCAAUCAGCACUGCUCCCUGUGGGGAGAGCUUUCCUCAGUGUGACUUCGAAGAUGAUGCCCAUCCCUUCUGUGACUGGGCCCAGGCAUCAGGGGAUGGUGGACACUGGACCCGUGCAAAUAAAACUAUGCACAUCCAAGAAGGUCGCUAUAUUUACAUCGAGGCUGACAAGUUCUCUGAGGCGGGCCAGGCUUCCAGACUGGUGAGCAGGCCCUUCUGUGCCCCGGGUGCCAUCUGUGUGGAGUUUGCCUACCACAUGUAUGGCCUCGGAGAGGGCACUAAGCUCAAUCUCCUGCUGGAGAGCCCUGCGGGCAGUUCCCCAUCUACUAUCUGGCAACGUGUUGGGUCUCAGAGUCCUGACUGGCUGAACACCUCUGUCACCAUCCCUUUGGGGCAUCAACAGCCCAUGCAGCUGAUCUUAGAGGCCAUCAGGGGUACCAACACUGCCUUUGUUGUUGCUGUGGAUUUUAUCUUGAUCAAUCAUGAGACUUGUCGAGGAACAGUGCCAAAAGAGCUUCCUUCCAAAUCUCCAGUUUCCCCCCCUGGCCCUUCUGAAACUCCUUCCACAGCCCCUCCUGAGGAGCCCACUGUCUCCACAGAAAAGCCCACUGUCCACACUGAAAGGACCACCAUCUCCACUGAAAGGACCACCAUCCCCACAGAAGAACCUACUAUCCCUGCAGAAAAACCCACAGUCCACACUGCGAGGACCACCAUCCACACCACCAUCCCCAUAGAAAAACCCACCAUGCCCACAGAAAAGCCUAUUGUCCACACUGAAAAGCCCAUGGUCCCCAUGGAAGGGACUACUGUUACCACAGAAAGACCUACAGUCCCCACAGAAAAACCCACCAUCGCUACCAAAGAGACCACUAUUCCCACAGAAAAACCCACCAUGCCCACAGAAAAGCCUGUUGUCCACACUGAAAAGCCCAUGGUCCCUGUAGAAGGGACUACUGUUACCACAGAAAGACCUACAGUCCCCACAGAAAAACCUACCAUCACCACCGAAGAGACCACUAUUCCCACAGAAAAACCCACCAUGCCCACAGAAAAACUCAUGCCUACCAUCCCCACAGAAAAACCCACUGUCCCUACUGAAAAUACCACCAACCCCACAGAAAAACCUAUCAUCCCCACUGAAAAGCCCACCAUUCCCACAGAAACACCCACUGUCCCCACUAAAAAGCCCACCAUUCCCACAGAAAAACCCACUGUCCCCACUGAAAAGACUACCAUCCCCACAGAAAAACCCACUGUCCCCACUGAAAAGACUACCAUCCCCACAGAAAAUCCCACUGUCCUUACAGAAAAGCCUACUCCCCCAACUAAAAAGACUACUAUCCCCACUGAAAAGACUACCAUCCCCACAGAAAAGCCCACUGUCCCCACUGAAAAGACUACCAUCCCCACAGAAAAGCCCACUGUCCCUACAGAAAACCCCACUGUCCGCACUGAAAAGCCUACCAUCCCCACAGAAAAACCUACUGUCCCUACAGAAAAGCCCACUGCCCCCACUAAAAAGACUACUAUCCCCACUGAAAAGACUACCAUCCCCACAGAAAAACCCACCAUCGCCACUGAAAAGACUACCAUCCCCACAGAAAAACCCACCAUCCCCACUGAAAAGACUACCAUCCCCACAGAGAAGCCCACUGCCCCCACUAAAAAGACCACAGAAAAACCCACCAUCCCCACUGAAAAGACUACCAUCCCCACAGAAAAGCCCACUGCCCCCACUAAAAAGACCACAGAAAAACCCACCAUCCCCACUAAAAAGACCACCAUCCCCACUGAAAAAACCACCAUCCCCACAGAAGCACCCACUGUCCCUACAGAAAAGUCCACUGCCCCCACUAAAAAGACCACCAUCCCCACUGAAAAAUCUACCGUCCCCACUAAAAAGCCCACAACUCCUACGACACCCCAGCCCAGCCCAACACUUGUACCAAUUAGGCCAACAGUCUUGGUGAUGCCUCCUACAACUACCCCAAGUACCUCCAUGACCUCUACAACCCCUGGACAUACUCCAGGUAUGUGAUGGAACACUGGACAAACAGCAGAAACAAGAUGUCCGCCAAAUGCCCACUACGAGUCCUGCGCCUGUCCAGCAUCCUGCGAGAGACCCAAGCCCAUCUGUGGGCCCCUUUGCAAACCCGGCUGUGUCUGCAGUUCUGGCUUCUUGUUUCAUGAGUCCCGCUGCAUCAAUGCCUCUUCCUGCAAUUGCUUCUACAACAACAAUUACUAUAAGCCUGGGGCGGAGUGGUUCAGCUCCAAUUGCACAGAACGUUGCCGCUGCAGGCCUGGCAAGCGCAUGGAGUGUAACUUCUCCCAGUGCGGGCCGCACACAGUGUGUCAGCUGAAGAAUGGCCAGUACGGAUGCCAACCCUAUGGCACUGCCACCUGCACUGUGUACGGGGACCCUCACCAAAUCACCUUUGACGGGAGACACUUCAGCUUCAUGGGCAAAUGCACCUACAUCUUGGCCCAACCCUGCGGCAAUUCGACAGAGCCGUUCUUCAGGGUGGUGGCGAAGAAUGAGGGCCGAGGACAAGAAAGCAUGUCCAUCCUGAGCAAAAUCUACGUGACGCUGCCCAAGGUCACCAUCACGCUGCUUGGGGGCAGGCGCGUGCUGGUUGGGAGUCGGCAAGUCACCCUCCCCGCCAUACCUUCGAAAGGCGUCUUCUUGGCUUUAAGUGGGCGAUUUGUGGAGCUGCAGACGGUGUUCGGUUUGCGGGUGAGAUGGGAUGGUGACCAGCAGCUGUAUUUGAGUGUGCCCAGCACCUACUCCAGGAAACUCUGUGGCUUCUGUGGCAACUACGACGGGGACAGUAGCAAUGACAACCGGAAGCCAGAUGGCAGCCCGGCGCAGGACAUGGAGGAGCUGGGCAACAGCUGGCAGACAGAGGAUAAGGACAAGGAGUGCCAGAAGAACCCGGCAAAUCCUCCGUCUUGCAACCAGAACUUUCUGAACAGCCUGUCGGCAUUACAGUUCUGUGGACGGCUCAUGGAUGCCCGCGGAACCUUCGAGGCCUGUCUGCCUCACCUCAAGGCCUCUCUGUUCUUCAAGAACUGCGUGUCCGACAUGUGCAAAUUCCAGCGGCUGGAAUCAGGGCUGUGUACCCACAUGGCAGCCUUGACCGAGAUCUGCCAGGACGCUGGCUACACGGUGAAGCCUUGGAGGCGACCCCAGUUCUGCCCUCUGACCUGCCCACCCAACAGCAGGUACCGUCUGUGCGCCCAGCGGUGCCCCGCCACCUGCUUUCCCAGCUUCUUGGGCAUGUCCUGUAAGAACCGCUGCGUGGAGGGCUGUGAGUGCAACCCGGGCUUCGUGCUCAGCGGUCUCCAGUGCAUCCCCCAGUCCCAGUGCGGGUGUCUCGAGCCCACGGUGGGCUACUUCAAGAUAGGGGAGCAGUGGUUCAAGCCCGGCUGCCAGCAGCAUUGCGUCUGUGAGAGCAACAAUAGGGUUCGCUGUGUGCAGUGGAGGUGCCAGGCCCAAGAGGUCUGUCGCCAGCAGGACGGCAUCUAUAGCUGUCAUGCCCGCGGGGCCGCCACCUGCAGUGUCUCAGGGGACCCCCACUACCUGACCUUCGACGGAGCCCUGACCCACGUCAGGGGCACCUGCACCUACGUCCUGACCCAACUUUGCCAGUCGAGGUCGCUAGAGAGCCACUUCGUCGUGAGCACCACCAAUGAGUUUCGCGGAGGGAACCUGGAGGCCGCCUACGUCAGAGCCGUCCACGUGCAGGUGUUCAACCUGAGAAUCUCACUGAUCAAAGGCCACAAGGUCGUGCUGAAUGGCCGCCGGAUGGCCCUACCUCUGUGGCCAGCUCAAGGCCGGGUGAGCAUAAGGCCCAGUGGCUCCUUUAUCCUCCUCUACACGGACUUCGGGCUUCAAGUUCGCUAUGAUGGGAGCCACCUGGUCGAAGUGACGGUGCCGUCCUCCUACUCCGGCCGCCUCUGCGGGUUGUGUGGCAACUACAACAAUAAUAGCCUGGAUGACAGUUUGCUCCCCAACAAAACGCUUGUGGCCAGCUCUGACCAUCUGGGGGUCGCCUGGAAGUUACCAGAGUACUCUGAACCAGGCUGCUUUGCUGAGGGGGCCAAGCCCUCCAGAUGCCUGGGGGACAAAGAAGCAAACAUCUGGAAAAAGAAUUGUGAUAUCUUAACGAACCCUCUGGGACCCUUCUCCCGGUGCCAUGGGGUGGUGCCCCCCCAGUCCAGCUUCGCCAGCUGUGUGUAUGGCCAGUGUGGGACCAAAGGUGACACCCUGGCCCUGUGCCGGUCCCUGCAGGCCUAUGCAUCCCUGUGCUCGCACGCCGGCCAGGCCCUCACCUGGCGAAACAGCACCUUCUGCCCGCUGAAGUGUUCCCCCGGCAGCAGCUACCACCCCUGUGCCAACCCCUGCCCAGCCACCUGUCUCAGCCGGAAUACCCCAAGAGACUGCCCCGUGGAGUUGCCCUGCACGGAGGGCUGUGAGUGCCGGCAAGGCCACGUCCUGAGCGGAACCUCCUGUGUGCCCUUCAGCCAGUGUGGCUGCGUCCACCAGGACGGUUCCUACCACCCGGUCGGGGAGAGCUGGUACACAGACAACACGUGUUCUAGGCUCUGCACCUGUUCCACGCACAGCAACAUCUCCUGCCGCCAGAGCACCUGCAAGCCAGGCCAGCUGUGCCGGCCCCUGGACGGCCUGCUGCGCUGCCGGACCUCAGGCGUGGGAGUGUGUCGCACCUCGGACCGCUCCCCGUACGUGACGUUCGAUGGCAUUCUCCAUACCAUCCAAAACACCUGCACUUACGUCCUGCUGAAAGUGUGCCACUCCACCUUGGACCUGCCUUUCUUCAAGAUCAGCGGCAAGCACGGGAAGCGGAGAGGCCGCUCGGCUGCCUUCUACCUCUACCGGCUCCAUAUCGACAUCUCUGACACCCGGGUCACCUUGGGAGAGGGCCACCGCGUGCUGAUCAACGGUACGCAGGCCACCCUUCCCUCAACCCGCCAGAUCCGGGGGGUCAAAAUCACUGCCAGUGGCAUCUACACCGUGCUCAGUGUCAACAUCGGGCUGCAGGUCAAGUUUGAUGGCAAGGGCUUCUUGGAGGUCCAGCUCCCUACAGCCUACUACCAAAAGGUCUGUGGCUUGUGCGGGAACUUCAAUGACGAGGACGAAGAUGAGCUCAUGAUGCCCAGCGAUGAACUAGCCCAGAAUGACACUGAACUGGUGGACAGUUGGCAAGAUAGGGAGUCUGAUCCCAAAUGCCAACCAGAUGACCAGACGGUCCAAGCAGAGAGGAAGGAGAAGUCAGAUACAAACUGCAGGUUGGCUGACCUAGUCAGAGCCCAGGAGCAGUGCCAGACGGCCUUGCGGGCUCCAGCCUGGGCGAAGUGUGCCAGCCACGUCGUCCUCGGGCCCUUCCUGCUCAACUGUACCAACAGCCUCUGUCAGGGUGGAAGGCUGAGCCGCGCCCUCUGUGAAUCUUUGGAAACCUUCGGGGCCGCCUGCCGGGCCAAGGGCCUCAACCCCCCGAUCUGGAGAAACAGCAGCUUCUGCCCUCUGGAAUGUCCUGCCCACAGCAGCUACUCCACCUGCCUUCCCUCCUGCCCACCUUCCUGCUUGGACCUGACGGGACAGUGCAGUGGCCCCAAAGUCCCCUCCACCUGCAAGGAGGGCUGCCUUUGCUUGCCCGGCUACGUGCUCAGUGGGCAGCGGUGUGUGACCAGGAGUCAGUGCGGUUGCAUCAACGACUACGGCAGCUCCUUCCCCGAGGGUAAGACCUGGAUCUCCAUUCGCUGCACCAGGAGCUGUGUCUGCACCUUGGGGACUGUCCACUGCCAGCCCUUCAGUUGCCCCCCUGGCUCCCACUGCGAGCCCAAGGCCGGGGGCACUGGCAGCUGUGAAAUUAACAAGUCGGACCAAUGCUCCAUUUACGGGGACCCCCAUUACCGUACCUUUGAUGGCCUCAGCUACCUCUUCCGCGGCCGCAUGACCUACACACUGAUAAAGGCCAUCGGCGUGCUCCCUGCUGGGGUGGUGCCUUUGGUCGUGGAAGGGCGCAACAAAGUGUAUUCAUCCUGGAGCCCUAUCUACCUGCACGAGAUCAUUGUAAUGGUCUACGGCUACACAGUCCAGCUCAAGGCCCAUCUGGAGCUGGUGGUCAACAACCAGAGGACGGCCAUCCCCUACAAGCCCAGCGACAGGCUGCAGGUUGCCCUGCGGGGCCAUCGCCUGUACCUGAUCACCGACUUUGAGAUGGUUGUCACCUUCGAUGGAGGCAAAAACGCAGUGAUCACGCUGCCCAACAAGUAUAAGGGGCUCGUGCGUGGCCUGUGCGGGAACUUUGAUGGGAACAAGAGUAAUGACUUUAUCCUGCCCGACGGCACCAUCACCCAGAACCUGGUCACCUUCGGCAACAGCUGGGAGGUACAGAGGAUCACGGGAGUUGACCUUGCCCGCUUCUCAAGGGCCAUACGAGAGGAGGAAGAGGAGGAGAAGAAGGAGUCAGGCUUCCCUGUGUCAGAAUGCAGCCCAGAGCAGCUGGAGCUCAUCAACAGCACCCAGGCGUGCAGGGUGCUGGGGGACCCCCAGGGCCCCUUUGCUGCCUGUCACCAGACUGUGGCUCCUGAGCCCUUCCAGGAGCACUGUGUGUUUGAUCUGUGUGCCGCCCGGAGCCCCAGAGAGCAGGAGGAACUGCGAUGCCAGGUCCUCAGCGGGUACGCCAUCAUCUGCCAGGAGGCGGGCGCCGCCCUGGCCAGCUGGCGGGACCACACCCGCUGCGAAAGCCCAUGUCUGCAGAACCCGUGUCAGAAUGACGGGCGGUGCUGGGAGCAGGGAACCCAUUUCACCUGUGAGUGCGAACUUGGUUAUGGGGGACACCUCUGCACAGAGCCUUGGGAUGGGCCAGCCCCUGGAAAGCCAGAGGCAUCCAACUUUGUGGCCAUCCUGUUGGGGAUGCUUGUGCCUGUGGUGGUCCUGGUGCCUGCAGUGACCAGAGGAUGUCUUUCCAGGAAGGGGAGGAGGAGGAGGUGA